AUGUAAGGAUUCAUCUUUCUCCAAAGCCCAUUUUGAGAACCCAAAGAAAGAAAUAACAAUGUCCAAGCCCAACAAGUAUCCACACUCUUUUAUGUGCUAUCCCCCACAAAACUUUCCUUCAUUUUCGCGAGAAAAUAAAAUCUGAUCUGUCCUAUGAAAAAAAUAGAACCUCUAGUGAAUAUGCAUUAUAGCGACAUUAUUCUUCGAGCUGGUUUCAAGGGGGUAUUGCAUAACUGGACUGAUGAACACUGCUUGAAGUUAUGGAAGAACUGCUAUAAUGCAAUUCCUGAUGAAGGAAAGGUGAUUAUUGUGGAUGCAAUACUUCCAGUCAUGCCUGAACCUAGUGCUGCUGUGAGAGCAACUUCUGGGUUUGAUGUGCUAAUGAUGACUCAAAGCUCUGCAGGAAAGGAGAGAACUCAACAAGAAUUCAUGGCUUUAGCUACUGGGGCUGGAUUUAAGGGCAUCAGAUUUGAGUGCUUUGUCUGUAAUUUUUGGGUUAUGGAGUUUUUUAAGUAGAUGAUGUACUUGGUGAUUCUCUGGUCGGAUUGUUUCUGAUGACAAUAAUGAACACAUUUGUUGUGUUAAGUUCUUGCAAUGUAGUCUCUUUCUUUCUUAUAAAAAACUUUUUUAAUUCCGGAU